GACGUGUCGGUGGAGCGGAGGGAAUUUCGCACGCGCAAUUUCGGUGUAGAAGGCACAUACAUUGCGUUUUCAUGCCUUUCGUCAGACAUGGAGCUUGAUAACGACGUGCAACAGACCCCGAAAGGGGGGUUUCAUUGCAGAUUAUGUGAUAUCAACGUGCCCAAUAAGGCCAGUCUAGAUGACCAUUUGAAAGGGAGAAAGCACCAAAAGCUGUACAGUGUGCGGGAGACCAGGCGCUUGCAGGAGAAGCGCAGUGUGUUUGUCAGCGGUUUUCAACCUGAGACGUCUCAGCUGCAGUUAACGGACUACUUUGAGCAGUUUGGACCUGUGUCUGAGGUCAUCAUGGAUAAGGAAAAGGGAGUAUAUGCCAUUGUGGAGUUCGGGGAGGUGGCCGGUCUACAGGCAGCACUGUCUCAUUCCCAGCACACUCUGGGUGGCCAGAAGCUGCGGGUGAAACCCAGGGAGAAGAAGGAAUUCAGAUACAUACCCAAGAAGAAACAAGACACCAAGAACCUGCUGACUGUGGAGCAGCUGAGCCAGGACCUCUGCCAGGCUGCUUCUGUGAAUGAGCAGAUGCACAGAUUGGUGGAACGGUUCCAGCUGUCAGAGAGCGAGAGGAAGGUGCGGGAGCUGCUCGUGGAAUUGCUGCAGGAGGUCUUUACAGAGUUUUUUCCAGAAUGUCGGAUUGUCGCCUUUGGCUCCUCUGUCAACACUUUUGACAUCCACUCCUGUGACCUGGACCUCUUCCUUGAUCUGGAGAAUACCAAGAUAUUUCAGGCCAAAGCCAGGAGCUCCUCUGAGCAGCAGGCAGGGGAGGGGCUUUUAGAAGACACCUGCUCUGAGGAUUCCAUCCUGUCGGACAUUGACCUGUCCACGGCUUCUCCAUCCGAAGUGCUUGAGUUGGUGGCAAUGGUCCUACGGAAGUGUGUGCCGGGUGCGCACAAGGUCCAGGUGCUCAGCAGCGCCCGUCUCCCUGUGGUUAAGUUCAGCCACCGGGAAUUGGGUCUGCAGGGUGACGUUAGCAUCAACAACAGGCUGGCUGUGAGAAACACCCGUUUCCUCCAGCUGUGCUCGGGCCUGGAUGGCAGACUGCGUCCCUUGAUGUACACCAUUCGCUACUGGGCAAAACAGAAGCAGCUGGCUGGCAACCCCUUUGGCGGAGGACCUCUCCUCAAUAACUAUGCCCUGACUUUGCUGGUCAUCUUUUUCCUGCAGAAUCGGGAACCUCCCAUUCUCCCUUCCGUGAAUCAGCUCAAAGAGAUGGCCUGUGAGGAAGAGCAGUGUGUGAUUGAGGGCUGGGACUGCACCUUCCCCAGUCAGCCCAUUGCUGUACCCCAAAGCAAGAACACGGAGGAUCUUUGUGCCCUUUUGGCUGCUUUCUUCACCUUCUGCGAGCAGUUUGAUUUUGCUGGAUCAGUUGUGUCCCUUCGGGAAGGCCGGGCCUUACCCGUCACAGCUUUCCUGAGCAAAGACGAGGAAGCAAACGAGGCCCCAGUCGGGGAGCAUCUGGAGAUGGAGGAGAUGAGAGCCAAGCCCCGUGCUCCCAAGCUUGGCCCUCUCAACGUGCUCGACCCAUUUGAGCUGUCGCACAAUGUGGCAGGCAAUCUGAAUGAGCGUACACAGAGGAGCUUCCGCCAUGAAUGUGAGGAGGCAGCUAAGUACUGCCGCAGCCUACAGUAUCAGCGUAAGUCUGCCAAGGGGAAGGUGUGGGGAUUAGUUCGCCUCUUUAUCCCUCGCGAUGGGGAUGCGCCCAGUUCCACUGGGGAUGCAGCGAGACAGCUGGUUGUCAGCAUUCCCUUUAAAGUGACCGUGCUCUCAGAGACACUCCGCAGACGGCUCCACUCAGCCGGGGACCUCUUCCGGCAGCUGUGGUUUACGGAGGUGUGUAAAGCCAUCUUGGCUGUGUUCCAGCGUGUGCUUGGGUGUACUGUGGUUCAUGGGAAAACUGCUGAGGUGCCAAAGGGUGGGUACGAAGGGGUUGAUUGUAGUGAUACAAAGACCAUUGGUGAAGAAAGUCAAGCUGCUCCUACAGAAGAUGAGAAACAUGGUGUGGCUACCACCAGCAAAGCCGUCCCAGUGGCUGCGUGUGAAAAUGGCAAUAGAAUGAGCAAUCGGGAGACUAAUGGCGUGUGUCGUACGAGUGUUUCCUGUUCCUCUGCAAACAGUGAUUCCAGUCCUCUGAAACAAGGCAAGGGAGUCAAGAGAACUUUGUCUGAAGAGGAGGCGUUGCCCAUCUGUCCUGCUGACAAAAAACCAAAGCUGCACAGCGCCGCAGAGUCGGGAGUGGUCCAGUGGUGGUGCGAGGUGCAGCAUAGGGUGUGGGCAGGCCGCCGGAAAGCGAGACGUGACCUGCUCAAGAGCCUUCCAGAGACCUCCAGACCAGAGGUGGGCAGUGUGGAGCUGGAGGCCGAGGUGACACAGCGCAUUUUGCUGGACCAUCCAGCAGCAGAAAAACUGUUGCAGUUUGCAGUUGAAGCAAAAGUACUGGGAGGUACAGAGGACACCAGAGCUGAGCUGAGGUUCACCCCCUGUGAUGAACAUGCUAGCAUUUUCCAGGACUUCUUCCAUUUCCUGGAGUUGUUUCUGCCCAAGAUUACAGAGAAGCUCUUGGAGAAGGUUGAUUAAACUGGAACGAGACACCCUUUUCAUGGCUCACACUUUUCAAAGAGAAUUAAUAUUCUGGACAGUAUUUUAACUAAUGUUAACCCGUCUAAAGACUUUUUAGCUGAGAAUCUUGUUAGUGAGUCAAAUAGGAGUGAAAUGUUUUACGUCAUUUAACUUGGAGCCAGUUACGAAUAACUGUUCAACACGGAAGUUGUUUACCCAAAAUUUUGGUUUUGUACUGAGAAUAUAACAAAUAGUCAGUGUUUUAAUAAAUUCAUUGACUAAUUUACACUGUACUAUCUCAGCCUUUCUAACACAUAGCCUUCUCAUGUUUUGUUGCUGUGUGAAGGCCAGUGCUACAUGGUGUAAUUGAAAUGCAUAAUGUAAUCAGAAAUUAGGUGUCAUAAUCAUUGAAAUAACUUGACUUCAUGAGACUAAGUAGAUUUAUUGCAUUUAUACAGAAGUGUCGAUUUCCUUUGUUUGAAUUCCAAUACUGCUUUAAAUUCCCAGUUUCUUGUUAGAAACGUCUUUUAGUAUGUGGAGCACCCAUAUUAGCAUAUAGGUUGCCAGCCAGUCAAAAGGAAAUUGCAUAGAACAAGGGUGACAGCAGAAAUUAUUGAUCUGUUUGCUGGUCUCAAGGUAGGGGCAACAUAAAUCACUGUCAACUACACAUUUUGUCUCUUGCAUCCAUGAAAGGGUGUCUACAAGCCUGUAAGACUCUACAUUUGUGUUGAGUCCAAGUUCAGACUUAACAGUGCUGUAAUUUCUAAAUCCUAGACAAAAACCUGUCAUCUUUUUCAUCAGUGCUCUUUAGUUGUGCAGUUCAAAUUUAAGAACCAAAAUGAUUUAAAAUGUUCACGUUUUAUAUGC